GAAAACCCUCGUUCGCCCAUUCCGCUCCUCUCGCCCCAAACCGCCCCCAUCCGCCGCCUUCCCAUGGCCUCCGCCGCCGCCGCCGCCGCCACCCGGGCGAACAGCCUCUCCCGCAUCUUCUCCUCCUCCUCGCCAACGGCAAAACUACCCAAGCGCAAUCCCAAGACCAAGAGCGCGCCGGCGCCGACGCCGACGCCGAAACCGCCCGCCGCCGAUGCUGACUCCAUCGCGGGCCAGAAGCUCCUGAAGCCCCUCGGCGCACAGCCCGCCGCCAAAGCUGAGUCCGACGCGGACCGCAAGCUCCCGAAGCCCCUUGACGAUAUCCUCAUUGCCCUCAUCCGGCAGCGCAACCCUGAUAAGCUGGUCUCCGAGUUCGUCCAAGCGUCAACCGUGUCGUCGCGCUUCCGCGAGCGGCACCGCGUGUACGAGGUAGCGGUAAGCCGCCUCACUUCCUUUGGCCGCCAAGACGGCAUCAAGGCCAUCAUCGAAGCGCAGAAGCCCUUCCUCGAGACCUCAAACGAGGGGUUCGCCACGCGCCUCAUCCGCCUCUACGGCCGUGCCUCCAUGCCAUCCCACGCUGCCGCAACCUUCCAUGAACUUCCCACGCAGCAUAAAUCCACCAUGACAUUCAACGCCCUUCUUGCAGCGUAUGCAGAAGCCGGGGAUUUGGACGGGCUCACUGCUGCAUUCCGGGAGAUCCCAGCCACCCACCCCUCGAUUGUUCCCAGCGUAUACUCUUACAACAUACUCAUCCGCGCAUUGUGCCAGAAGUCUGACCUCUCAGCUGCUCUUGAGGCCGUCCUUCUCAUGGAGAAGCAUGGUAUUUCACCUGACAUUAUUACUUUCAACACGCUGUUGAAUGGGUUUUGCAACAAUGGCCCCACGGAUGAAGCAGAGACAGUAUGGGAGAUGAUGAAGGAGAGGAAUUUGGAGCCAGAUGCAAAGUGCUACAAUGCCAAGCUGCGGGGUUUGGUUGCAGAAGGGAGGACUGAUGAUGCAGCUGCCGUGCUUGAGAGGUUGGAGAAGGACGGGCCAAAACCCGAUACAGUAUCCUACAAUGAGUUGAUUCGAGGAUAUUUGAAAGCAGGGAGGUUACAGGAGGCCAAGAAGCUGUAUGAUGAUUUGGGAAAAAAUCACUGUGCCGCAAAUAAGGGAACAUAUGAGACUCUCGUGCCACACCUUGUGCAGGCUGGAGACCUGGAUUGUGCACUGAGGUACUGCUAUGAAAUGUUUAGUAGUAAAAGGAGCAGUAGAGUGGAGUGUGGUGUGCUGCAGGAUGUAGUGAAUGCAUUGGUAGAUGCAUCGAGGGUGGAGGAGGCUGCCAAGCUUGUUGAUAUCGGGCGGAAGAAGUACUACUACUCACGAAAGGGUUUGAGGAUGCCAGGUAGUGCAAAAGGCAGUGAAUUAAGAGCUGAAACUGAUGAGGAAGAAGCAAUAUCAGAAGAAAAGGAGUGUGAAGUGGAAGACGAGACUGAAAAGUAAAAUUCAUAGGUCAGGCUUUGACUGAUGCAUGCCAAAUUUCACCAUGACUUGUUUUACUCAGUUUCUCUGUUUGCAUGAUAGAACAAGAAGUGCAAGUUAAAGUAGUGGUUUAACUAGUUCAAUAAGGUAUUGGUUUAGCUUGCCCUGUGAUGUAAUACUUGUUGAAAAUAUUUUUAUCCAUUUUAGAAGAGAUCCACAGGAAGUCUUUAUUCUUAUCUGCAAUGUCUUGCUUGUGCUGAUUUUUCUUGUUGCAUCAAAUUCCUUGUAUGAAUGUAAUAUUUGUUUUUGGAAACAUCCUCCAAGAGUUGUGUACUUUAUGGAUACUUCUAUUUUCUAGA